UUUACAGUAGAUUGCAAAACAAAAUUUAGUUUAUAAUCGCCAUCAUUCAUAGACUGAUGCAAACAAAUUUCAAGCGUUAUCUAUCUCAAAAACCAGAGUUGCCAUAAUGAUUUCUUCACGCAGCAGCUCAUAUUUCAUUGCGAUAUUCUCGACCUUAAUGUAUGCCUGGUUAAUUGUUUACAAUACAACAAUUGUAAUUAAAUAUCGUCGAGUUAAAGAUGGAUAUGAAGAAUUCGAAUAUGUCACCAUGGAUGAAGAAGAUGAUGCUAAGCCCAUGAAGCCCAUAAGCUUAUCAAUCAGCUUAAAUGAUUACUAUACCUACCUGGAUGAAUUGGAAUUGUAUGUUCUUAUGUUGACGCUGUCUUUACUCUUGAUUGUGGGAGUGAAUUUGCGUAUCCAUCAAGCUAUGGCACCUUGGCUUGUGGUUGGAGCAAUACUUGUUGUUUUUGGAUUCAUAUUUGGCACUAUAACUUGGAAUUCAAAGUAUACAUUGGAGUUACUAGUUGUUGUUGCUCAAGCAGCAUGUUGGCUGCCAGUUUAUAGCUGCUAUAAGGAAUUUCGUGAGAACUAUUAUUUUAAACAAAAACAAUUUGUUCGUCCCAGCAAAUAUUCUGUGGGUGGAAGCCCUGCCGAAUCUACAAAAUUAAAGGCUCAAAGCAACAAGGCUCAAGAAACAGAAGAAGGCAUUGGAAUGGUAGCUUUGUAAUCGAAGGAUAAACGGAUUGGAUGUACAUAUGUAACAAAUUUCAAGAAAUUAUGACAAAAUCUGAAAAAAUAAUAACAAUAAAAUUAUUUUUCAAUUUGAUAAGCACUUUCAUAUUAAUAAAUUUUUCGUCAAAAUA